GCGGAUGCCGUGGCCGAGCUUGCCUGCCGGUGUCGUCAGUCGUGGGCGAGUGCACUUGUACGUUCCACCGUGCAUCUCGGGUCACCAUGAAUUCGCAAGAGGCUUUCAAACGGUUCGCGCAACAGCUGCAACGAGCGAGCCAGAACGGCCCGGGUGGAGGCAAUCGCCUCCCUAGUGGAAAGGGAUUCACGGCCGGCGCGGGUCUACUAGUCGCGCUCAUUGGUGGAGGUCUUGCGCUGAAUGCGAGUUUGUUCAACGUGGAUGGUGGUCACCGGGCGAUCAAGUACACUCGUUUGUAUGGUGUAAAGCCCGACGUGUACCCUGAAGGUACCCAUUUGAUGGUACCAUGGCUCGAAACGCCCAUUGUCUUCGACAUUCGCGCCAAGCCUCGCAACAUUGCUAGUCUCACUGGCACAAAAGAUCUGCAAAUGGUCAACAUCACCUGCCGUGUCCUCUCAAGGCCGGAGAUCAAAGCUCUACCGACGAUAUACCGGGAGCUUGGAUCGGACUAUGACGAGCGGGUCCUCCCAUCGAUUGUCAAUGAGGUGCUGAAGAGCGUCGUGGCACAGUUCAAUGCAAGCCAGCUCAUUACGCAGCGUGAGAUGGUAUCUCGCUUAGUGCGCGAGAACCUGACGCGUCGUGCGCUGCGAUUCAACCUCGUGCUGGAGGACGUCUCCAUAACUCAUGUUGCAUUCUCACCGGAGUUUACACAUGCGGUCGAAGCCAAGCAGGUUGCCCAACAAACAGCGCUUCGUGCUGCUUUCCUUGUGGACCAAGCUAUCCAGGAGAAGCAGUCCAUUAUCGUCCGGGCACAGGGUGAGGCAAGAAGUGCCGAGCUCAUCGGAGAGGCCGUGCGAUCGAACAAGGGCUUCUUGGAGCUGCGGAGGCUGGAGGCAGCCCGCGACAUUGCACAAUUGCUGGCGACGUCUGGCAACAACGUGAUGCUCGACUCCCACAGCCUCUUACUCAAUGUUGCGGGUGAUGCAAACGAACUGUUGCAAUUCAAGCAGAAGAAGUGAGGAUGCUGCCUAGGCUCGACUAGUCAUGACCACCGCUGUACCUUUUCUGGAUGCUAUCCACACUCUGGGCUCUCCGUACUCCUCAGUAGCGCACGUAUGAACCGGCCGUGUGUCUGCGGUGGGAUUACUUCUAGCUCCAUUGAGCCAUGAGAUGAAAUUGAGCCUUUGAAAGGAGCCGUUGGAUCGGCCCUGCGGACGAC